UAACACUUCAACUUUGCAUGCAAGAAUAAUUAUAAACAAUAGUAAUAGUCAUUAGUAACAAUACUAAUACGUAGUUAUGGUAGAGUUAUGAGCUUAUAUUUAUCCAAGAUAGUUAUCAGUGACAUUGUGUUUUUCCUGUCUAUAUUCAGACAAGUCUCAUACAAUAGGGGGUUUGGUAUGAGUCUCCAAGUCUAUUGUCAUGUAUCAUGCUAUUUUUGAUGUGCACAGUACUUCACAUGGUAAGCUAAUAGUUGUCUUAUUCGUUAUAGCAUGGAUAGAGCUAGCAUGGGUAAGAUCUUCGCCAGAGUCACGUUUGUUCCAACACUUGUCUUCAAUGUCUUCAUGGAAAAAUUUUCCGCCAGACAGUGGUUUGAUCGCAUAGACAAUCGUGUGAUCUUGGGUGCCCUUCCCUUCAGAAAUAUGACAAAGCAGUUAGUUGAGAAAGAAGGUGUCCGAGGUGUUAUUUCUAUGAAUGAGGACUAUGAGCUAAAGUUUCUUUCAAACAUGGAAGAGGAGUGGGCAGCUGUAGGUGUUAGCUUUCUUCAGCUGAGUACUACCGAUAUAUUUGAAGCCCCUAGCAUAGACAAACUUCAGCAGGGAGUUGAUUUUAUAAAAGAAUUUGAUGAGAAGGAAAAUGGACAUGUGUAUGUUCACUGCAAGGCUGGAAGAACUAGGAGUGCUACUCUGGUUGCGUGUUAUUUGAUGGCUAAGAAUCUGUGGACCCCUGAAACUGCUGUUGAACAUAUAAAGGCAUCUCGACCUCACAUCUGGUUGGGACCUAAACAGCAUGAAGCUCUGCAUCUUUUUCACAGAAGAUUGCAGCAGUGAUAUUAUGUAAGCCUACUGUUUAUGUACAUAGCUUUUAUUUAAAGAUAGGUAAUGUAUUUUGUUAUUUUUUUAAUCUUACAAAGGUAUUGUGCUGUAUUGAUGUAUAAGCUUUAACUUUUCAAUAAAUUUUUAAUAAAUGAA